CAAAACUCUGGAAUAAGCAAAACUAUCGUCUAUAUAAGCGGAACCAUGAUAACCAACAGGCUAACUCCUCACAAUGAAAUUCUUGGUGUUGGUCACUCUGGUCGCAGCCGCAUUUGGGAAAAAUCUCCCAAAUCAAAAUGCUAGAAUCUCAAAAAUGGUGACCAGUCACGGUUACCCCUUGGAAACCUACAGAGUUACCACUGAAGACGGCUACAUUCUGGACCUGUUCCGAAUGCCUCACGGUUACCAAAAUAAGGACCAACACGAUUCGCAAAAACCGGCCGUUCUUCUAAUGCAUGGUUUCCUCUCCUGUUGUGAAGACUUCGUCGCAGGGGGGCCUUCCCAAGGCCUGGCCUUCUACCUGGCCGACCAAGGCUACGAUGUCUACUUGGGUAAUGCCAGAGGCAGUCCUUACGGCCAACACCACACAAAUUUAGACCCACAUAAAGAUGCUGCUUUCUGGAGAUUUAGUUUCCAUGAAAUUGGGGUUGCCGAUAUGGCUGCGAUUAUCGAUAAAGUGGUUUCGAUAAGCCAACAAAAUAAAAUUCACUAUGUUGGUCAUAUGGAGGGAGCCACAGUUUUCUAUAUUUUGGCAUCACAAAAGCAGGGAUACAAUAACAAAAUCGAAAAAAUGGUCUCGUUGGGCCCUAUUGCCUACUUGAAGAAAUCUCCUCACCCGAUUCUUAAGAAAGUCGCAGAGAAUUACAAAUCAAAGAGCUGGGUUAUUAAAAACGUUGGGAUGAGUACCUUUAACCCAUCGUCUGAACUAACAAGCGAAGCAGAGAAUCAAUGUACUGAAUACGAGCAAACGGAACAAAUUUGUCACAAUGACUAUUUUCUGUUCAAUGGCUACAAUUCCAAGAAUUUCAAUGAAACUACCAUUCAACACGUAAUCCAGCGCCGUCCGUGUGAUGGUUCCGUCCGCCAGGUCCUACAUUUGGCCCAAAUGAAGGAAACCGGCCGUUUUGAAAGCUACACUUACCCCGAAAAAACAGACGCUUACAAAUAUGAUCUCGCCCAAGUUUCGGCCCCAGUGGCCAUUUUCUACACCCCUGAAGACGCUUUCUCUUACGUCGACGAUGUCGAAACUUUGGCCAAGGAAUUACCAAAUGUUUACAAGAAAGAAGUCAAGAGUGAAUACACCAACAAUCUUGACUUCCUCUACGCCGAGAACAUUUACAAAUUCUACAAAUACGUUGCUGAUAGCUUUCAGGACGACGAACGCAAAAGUAGCAGAAAUAUGUUGUAUUAAAUCCGUGCAAAACCAAAAUAAAUAAAAUUAUCACAUCCUG